AUCUGUGCUCAUGUGAAGAAGCUGAGAGGUAAAGUUGGUGUAUGUAUGUGUAUGUGUGUAUAUGUUUGUGUGUGUGUGUAUGUGUGUGUUCCAGGAUGUUCUCCGUUUGCAUCCUGCUGUGGAUCGCUGUUCCUGCUGUAUACAGGAGUGUUUGGGUCGAAGGACACAUUUCCACAGAAAGAGAAGGCAGAGGCUUCGAACCAGACAACUGGACCUCAAAUCUAAUAAACGCAGACGCUCAUCAAGCUUUUCUUGAGAAGCUCAGAAGCGAGCAGAAGCCAGAGGACGGGUCUGUGGACAAUGAGGGCCUCCAGCCCUCAAACCAGCAAGCCAAAAGGCGUCCGGCUUUUAAACCCGGAAAACUGAGGAAGAUGUUUGGCUGGGGAGAUUUCCACUGCAGCGUCAAAUCCACCUUCCUGGAACUUCUCAUCAAAGGGAAGAUCGUGGACCACGGGAACGGAACCUUCAGCGUCCACUUCCUGUGUAAUAGCACCGGCGUCGGGAACGUCAGCGUCGGCUUAGUGCCGUCCCCCGAGGCGGUGGAGUUCGGACCGAGGCGGCGGGAGGUCGAGGAAACCGUGGAAUCGAAGCUGUUUAACUGCAGGGUCGCGUCAGAAAAGUUGGAGCAGAGCACAAAGGGCGUGCGGUGCAGCUACGACCCGUCAAAAAGCUGUGAGCAUCGUCAGACCCACAGUCGUGUUUCCUGGCUGUGCUCCAAGCCGUUCAAGGUCAUCUGCGUGUACGUGUCCUUCCACAGCGUGGACUACAGACUGCUGCAGAAAGUCUGUCCGGAUUACAACUACCACAGCGAUGCUCCCUACUCCCGCUCUGGAUGAUCGGAUAGACCACAGAUACCCGAGAGGACAGUCAAGACCCUAAGACAUCAAUACAAUUCUGUACCCACUUCCAAUUCUGUUACUUCAAUGGAAAGUUCAUCUUGAAAACAAACAUUCAGAAUGAUCGUGUAGAAAUUCUUGUGUUAGUGUUAAACAACAUGCAAGCUAGCAAGCUACUGUAGCUAGCAGUUAUGCUAGUAAAAAAAAAUCCUAAGUAAUUGUUUAUUAUGUUGUGCAUUUAUUAUAAUCGCGAUCUACAAGACUACAGUCAUGUUCUCUCCAGUCCUGAACCCUCACUCUGUGUGUCUCACUACAUUUAAUGUACACAUGAUGGAAAAUGUACAAUGCUAGUCACGUCUUGGUCCAAACAAAGCUUUUUGCUACAUGCUUGUCGUUUGCUUUUCUGUUCCUGUUAAAUCUCUGACUACAUUUAGGACACCAUAGACAUCAAUUAGCAAAGAACAGAAUCCAAACUUAACCGAGACGAUGAAUUCAUUAAAGCUGCUGUCUG